AUGAGUGAUCCAAACGAUCUCAAGCCACCAGAAACAGACACCGAAAGCAGGUCGCCAUCUCCCAAGCCAGUGGGGAUGUCAAUUAAGGAGAGGAUGGCUAUGUUCAACAAGCAGGCUGAGUCCUCAAAUGCACCGUCUGCCAAACAGCCUCCUCCAUCUAUCGGCAGAAAGCCUCUGAACUGGCAACCCCCUGCUGAGCGUAAGGUGUCCUCAGGAGAGGGAAGAAGCGGCCUCAGCGCCAAUGACGCAGCCAGUUCUAUCUCAAGACCAGGGGGCAGCCUCAAGGACCGUAUGGCAGCCUUACAGGGCGCUUUCGGAUCUGCCUCGGCUCCAUCUCCAGGUCCAAAGCCUGAAGUUAAACCGAAGGAGACGAAACAAGCCGACGAUAUUAAGUCGCCUAUCGAAGAGUCAGAUCAGCAAGAUCGUUCUGAGUCUGUCAAUGUGCGUUCUACAGAUGAUCCAGAUGUUGCUAAAGGCGCAGCAUCUGACGUAGUCAAGGAUCAUUCCGACGAACCAGAAGCUAAUGGCGAUGAAGAUGCUGAAAAUGCAGAGGAAGAUCGUGUCAAACGUCAAGAUAUUGCCGCUCGUAUGGCCAGACUUGGUGGAAUGCGUCUUGGCGGACCGCCAAUGCCUUCUUCAAAUUCCAAAACUCCAGAGCCAGAGACAUCAGCUGUAUUGCCUGAAGAAGCUCAAACCUCACAUAAAACUUCAGAAGAGCUCCAAGAGGAACAGAAGCAGGAGCCCAAACAGAAUAUACCAGCUCCGGUAGAUACCACAAAUAUGCAAGAGGAGUCGACAGUAGAAGCAAAAUCAGAGGCAGUACCAGAAGCCAAACCUGAAGAACCUGUACAAUCAGUACAAGAAGAGCCUCUCCCUGAACCAGAACAAACUUUUAAUGAUGUUAAAGAGCCUAUUGAGGAACUCAACGACCAACCCACUUCAAUGAAGGCACCUCCGCUAGCUCGCAGAGCUAAACCACCACGCCGUCGUCUUCCUCAAACGCAGGUACAAACGGACGAUCUUGACGCGGCUACUACAACCCCACUCCCAGAAACACCAGCUAUAGAGCAGGUUUCCCAGGAAGAGGAGAAGGUAGAGAAAGAAGAGGUGUCUCAAGAAGCGUCUUCUCGUGAGCCAGACCAAGCACUCAAACCCGUCACUGAUGACGAAAAUCCAGGUGGUGAUCACCUUCACCGUUUCUCACCACCUAGCUCACAGGAAGAGGUUCAAACAGAUGAACAAAGCACGGAAGAUCGUCGUAUCUCAAUCGCUACUGCUCUCGUCGACAAACCAACACCACUCAAUGAGGCUAUUGAGCACUUUCACAGCCCAUUAGAUAAAGAAGAGACUCCAGUAGAAACUCCAAAAGAUGAGAUCGAGCCGUCUUCUCCGCUGCCAAUUGCUCAGCCAAGUCUCCCUGUUACCGAGGUGCAAAAGGAUGAGGAAGCACCUCCAAAAAUGCCUGAGGAGGCAGGAGCUCCUCAGAAUUAUGCCACAUUGGACGAUGACAUCGAAAGCUCCGAACCUCGUAACGAUGAUGAAAAGGGUAAAGAACGCCGCACUUACUCAGAAUCAGACUCCUUGGAUGUGGAUGUAGCCAACGAAAAAACUGAACAAGCGAACGAACCACAAAACAUCGAAAACUCGUUAGAGCACCGUCUUGAAAAGGAAAGCAGAAAAGCAGCUGAGAAGGAAGAACAGGAAGCAGAUGCGGUAGGCAACGACGAUGUUUUGCAGACGUCAGAUGAGAAUGAAAGCGAUGAACCACCAAUUCCAUCUGGCAAGCCUAUAGUUGAAAAAGAGAAGCAGGAAAUAGACGAAAAUGUCCAAGAGCCGGUCACUUUGGCGGAUGAAAGUAGUCCUGAAGUGGUAAAUGAAACGGCAUCAGUGGCAGCUCCUUCUGUUGGUGAGGAACAGGACCAGGCUCCUAUAGAAGAGGCAACCUCUUCAAAUGCUAAAGGCGGCAUCGCUGAACGCAUGGCAAAGAUCUCAAUGGCAGGUGGUUUCAAGUUUGGUCCUGCACCACCAGUGCUCAACAAGCCAGUCCAACAUUCAGAAGACUGGGAAGCCAAGGAAGACAAGGAAGACAACAAGGAAGAGGAGAUAGCUGAAGCUGCACCACCAGUAACUGAAGUCGAAGACGAGAAGAUGUCAAUAUCUGAGAAACCGGUUGAACAGGUUGAUGAGACAAAGGAAGGCAUCACACAGCCAGAUGAUUCUAAAAUUAAAGGAGCUCAAGAGACUCAGGAGACUCAAAAGUCAGAAGAAACAGAAGAGACAGACGCUGAGCGCCGCGCUAGGAUUGCAAAGAAGUUGGCUGCAUCAGGUACUCUUAGACCGGUCUUUGGAGGCACUCCUGAACAAGUAUCACCGGCACCACAGGAGAAGAAAAAGAAUGAUUUCGAUGACUUUGAUGACUUUGAUGAGGAGGCCAGUAAUUCAGAAGCAUCAGAUGACGAUGACAUGAAGAGAUUUAUGGAGGGCGUGCAAAAGAAACCUAAUUCGGACGAGAGAAGUGAUGUAGGUGACUCAGCUGUCUCGUCUGUACAAGGAGAUGGCCUCGAGUCUAAGGACUCGCAAUCACACCCAGAACCUUCUGAUCCGGAGGAGGACAAAAAGUCUAUCCCCUUGCCUUCAAGAAACAUGCCAUCUCUCACUACUGAACUAUCAGAGUCUUCAGAAGCAACUAUGCAUCCAGAUGCAAACGGUUUAGCUGAACAAAUUCAUCCUAAUACUGUCGCUGAACCUGAAUCAGAAGCUGAGAUGUCACCACCACCAAUUCCAAGUCGUCAGAUUGUUGCUUCUCCACCAACACCAGUCAGGUCAGUCCCAAGUCUUCCGCAGUCGCCACCAGAGCGGACUAUGCCAGUAGCAUCUCCAAUAAGUACCGACUUUGAAGCUGGAAAGCGAAAGUCAGUCGAAAAUAGUCCAUCUCUUGCUAGUCCACCUGCACGCACCUUGCCAGUAGCGCCUCCAAUCAACACCAACACUGAAAUUGGAGAGCCCAAGUCAGUCGAAAAUAGCCCAUCUCUUGCUAGCCCACCUGCACGCACCUUGCCAGCGCCUCCAAGUGCCGCUUCUGCAUCUUCGCCAAGGCCACCUAUUCCAAGAAGGAGACCAUCAUUGAGUAGCCAGAAAUCGAUUAACAGAUCAUCUCUGGGUAGUGUGAUGGAUCAAGGUCAGUCAAAUAGGCCUAGAACGUCUUCAGUCAGCAGUUCGGUGGAUCAACCAAAUUUAAGAUCAUCCUUAACGAGCACUAAAGACGCUCCAUCCCUCCCUGGCUCACCACAAGUAAUGGAGCCAGCGAUGCAAGAAGAUUUGAACGAAGAUAACGAUCUAGCUGAAAGACGUAGAAAUAUAACCGAGAGACUGGCUGCUUCUGGUGGAAUAAGGCCAUUGGUCGGAGGUUUGCCUCAACAACAAAGCCGUUCUGUGCCUCAACACCAAGAAGAAGCCUCUGAGCCUAAUGAAGAACUUUCAAAGGGACUCAAAGGCGAUGCUGAUGAGGAGGAGACACCUGAGUCAGAGGCCGAGAGACGUGCACGUAUCGCUAAGAAGCUCGCUAUGCAAGGUACUAUCAGACCAAUCUUUGGUGGCAUGGAGUCGCAAGAGCCAACACAGUCUCAAACUGAACCAGUCGUUGAAGACGUUGAGCAACCAAAGCUGGAGGUUGAAGAGCAGCACCUUGAAACGCCAAGGAGUGCAGAUCAACCCCCACCGGUGCCAAGGCAGCGCCCUAGGUCAUUCCUUGGCAGACCAUCAUCGAUGAUCUCGCCACCAAAAACUCCUCCUCCGACAAGUCCCCCUCCUGAUCCACCUAUAGCACCACCUUCUCGCCAACUGCCAAAGUUGGAACCGCCCACAUCUCAACAAUCAACAAGGCAUGGUGAGGAAGAUAUAGAUGACGAGAAACAUAAAAGUAGCGGAGAAUUCGUUCGCGUGCCUUCACAGAAUCUAUCAGUGACCACACCAAAGACUGAGCGCGAUUCUUUCGAGUUUGUCACACCACCGAAAGAUAGAGAUAUACCAUCGCCGAGGUCUGGUAAGAGCCCAACCGGUCCACGCCCAGCCGGAAAGCACAUCUACACCCACGACGAGUUAGUGCAGUUGUCACAAUCGCUUGGUAGAAAGAUCAACGAGUUCACGAAGGCGCAAUAUGAGUUAUCCAAAAAUAUGCCUAUCGCUGAUGGCACAUCUAUUGGAUUCGUCACUGAGACGCUCGCAUUCUGCAAUGCUGCCAGUGAUCCCGAAAAUUGGAACUUUGGUCAUUUGAUACACUCUCAAAAUGCUCAAGGCAUUGUCAAACGUUUGGACGAUCCACGUGUAGGUGACAUCCUCGUUCUCAAACAUUCCGAAUUCAAAGGAAGGAAAGCAUUCGGCAACUAUAAGUCUCACUUUGGUGCAAAUGGACCACAAGUAGCUUUCGUGGCUGAGUACGAGCUUAAAAAAGGAAAGGUGUCAGCUAUGCAGUCAACGUCUCAACCAAACCAUUAUCCAACCCUCGAAUACAUAUCGAUCAAGUUCGGAGACUUGAAGGAUGGAAGCUUUGAUAUAUUCAGACCGGUACCAUUAUCUUGA